UCUGUUUUCAGCUCUCUAUUGACAGUUGGUGCCAUGAUUGGUGCAAUUAUGAGUGGUUACCUUGCAGACUAUCUUGGUAGAAAAGGGGCUUUGAGACUCUGUUCAUUGUUCUACCUUGUCGGAUGGCUCAUUACAGCUUUUUCAAAGGACAUUGUGCCAUUGGAUAUUGCAAGGCUACUGGUUGGUUUUGGAGCUGGGCUUACUUCUUAUACAGUGCCUGUCUACAUAGCUGAAAUAUCUCCCAAGAAUUUGAGGGGAGGGCUAACAACAACAAAUCAGGUUUUCAUAACGACAGGAACAUUGAUAGUUUAUCUUCUGGGGAUGCUCCUGAAAUGGCGGAUUGUUGCUCUGAUUGGAACUAUACCAAGCAUGCUAUUAGCUGCGGGCCUUUUUCUUAUUCCUGAGUCUCCAAGAUGGCUAGCAAAGGCUGGUCGUGAUAAAGAUUUUAAAGAAGCAUUACAAGCUCUUAGGGGAAACCAAUAUGAUGUGUCAUAUGAAGCAACUGAAAUCAUGGAAUAUGUAGAGGAGUUGGAAAGUCUGCCCAAGGCCAGAAUAAUUGGUUUAUUUCACAGAAACUAUGCUCCUGCUGUCAUUGUUGGUAUUGGCCUAAUGAUAUGCCAACAACUUUGUGGAAUCAAUGGUGUUAUAUUUUAUGCAAGUGCAAUCUUCAAAGCUGCUGGCUAUUCUUCAGGUCAGACAGCAUCAGUUGGAAUCGCUCUAAUUCAGCUGCCAAUGACAGCAGUAGGUGCAUUGUUGAUGGACAAAUCUGGUAGGAGACCACUUCUAAUGAUUGCCGCAGGAGGAAUGAGUAUCAGUUGCUUUAUUGUUGGAUUGUCAUUCUACAUACUGGGACACUCUCACCAAUCUGCUUUACAGUUGCUUGGGAGCAGGCUAGCUCUGAUUGGUCUAUUGGCCUAUAUUGCAACAUUUUCACUACGAAUGGACGGAAUUCCAUGGGUUAUAAUGUCUGAGAUAUUUCCUAUAAAUAUGAAGGGUAUUGCUGGCAGCUUGGUGUCUUUUGUUGCUUGGUUUGGUGGCUUGGUUGUUACAGUCUCUUUUAGUUCUCUCUUGUCUUGGAGUGCAGCAGGUUUAUUCUUCAUAUUUUGUGGUGUGGCAGCUUUUACUGUACUAUUUGUGGCAAAGCUAUUGCCAGAGACAAAGGGAAGAACCCUGGUUAUUGUUGAUAUAAUUUGACACAAUGUGAAAACCCACCUGUAGAUUUGAAUUUUUCAAUAUUUAUGAUUGG